UUUGAAAGUUAAGAGUUAACUGGUUAAGUUUCAGUUGAUAAAACUUUGGCAACGUUUUGCAUAGCGAAUCACAACAGUGUUCUUGGACAUUUUACUCUUACUUGCUUCAAUCUCUUUGUACUGAACUAGAAAACGAAAUUAGUUUUUUUUAUUUUAGUAUUCAUAGUAUCUCUUUCUGAUUCGUUCAGUUGUUGAUUGUAGUUUUGAGUAUCAGUUGUCGUUAUGGCGGAGUAUUCUGCGAUUCGAACAGGAAGACUCAAAUUGAAGGGGCAUAAGGAUCUCAAGCCAGUCAAGAAACAUAAGUCUAAGAAGCGCACCCAUGAGGAAGCUGUAGCAGCAUCAGACAAAGAGGAUAUGAUAAAGCAUGGUGGAUGGUGGUCUGUGCAAAAUUUUUCACAAAUAUCAGGAGCCCUAGCAAUUGAGUUUGGCGAGCGGUGUUACAUCAAAGCACUGGAUAAUGGUUUGUUUGUUUUAGGACCACCACAUGAUGAAGGAGAUCCUCCUUCACCUGAAGAGAUUUUCACAGCUUUUCCUGUUGGUGAAACUAAAAUUACACUCAAAUCUGGGUAUGGCAAAUACCUUGGCAUUGACAGAAAUGGAAUAGUUGUUGGCCGUUCUGAUGCUGUUAGUGCCUUAGAGCAAUGGGAGCCUGUUUUUCAGGAUGGAAAACUUGCUUUACAAGCUGCCAACAGCAAAUUCGUUUCCGUCUCGCCGGAAGACGACAGUUUUUACGCCCAGAGUAUCACUGCUGGGCAGGAUGAAGUACUGAAAUUACGGUGUAAUAAGGACCUGGAAGCAGACAUUGAAAGCAAGAAAAAGAAUAAAGGACCUAUUGAGGAGAAGGGCAGCGUUGAGCAAAUAGAGAUAAAUUACGUGAAGCAGUUUCAAAAAUUUCAAGAUAAGAAAAUGCGGAUUAAUACAGAGAGUCGGGAAGUUCUCAAAUCUGCGAAGGCCGAAGGAUACCUACACGAAGUUCUAUUAGAUAGGCGCAGCAAAAUGAAAUCUGAUCGUAUGUGUAAGUGAAUCAGUUCAAUUGGAUUUUUGCAAGUUGGAAGAGUUUGACGGAAUAGAUGUGACGCGAAAUUCUUUUUGAUUGAAAAGAGUAGAGCCUUUUUUGUAUUGUUUCAAAUCAAAAUAACAAACAGAAAAAAGAAAAAAAAAUGAAUUUUUUCGGCAAAUAGUUGUGCUCCACUCACUGGAGUGAUGAAUCCGGGCUGGUAGCUCAAAAGACAGCAGGCUUAAAAUCCCCUCCAAUUAAGGAUGGUUGGGAAAUAUAUGGACGAUCAGAGCAUUGAAAUUUUCUAAGAAAAGUAUUUAUUGAAUGUUGGAUUCUCCUCUGGUCACCUUGAGCCAUUCUACAAAUUCAUCUAGCAUCACAGGCCCUAAAAUUAGACAAAUAAAGAACACACGAUUAUUAAAA